AUGCCGACGCCGCCCGGCGUUUUGUGCGGCGUGUGCGGCGACAAAAACGGACAAUCGCAUUAUGGCACGAUUUGUUGUCCAAGCUGCAAAGGAUUUUUUCGGCGCGUUUUCAUCGCGGCGAAGAACAUGGAGUGCACACGUGGCAAUUGUUGCGAGAUUACGGUAGAGAAGCGCAACAUUUGCCGAGCGUGCCGCUAUCGAAAAUGUUUGAGCAUCGGAAUGAACGUGAGAGAAAUUCGCGGUCGCAACAAAAUGACGGCCGAGGAUCGAAUGCAAAUGCAGCGAUUCGAGUCGCCCGUCUCGCCGACGAUUCCGACGAUGUCGACGAUAUUGGUGCCGAUCGAUCAAAUCGACGCCGAACGCGCGCUCGAAAUGGGUCAAAUCUAUUUGAAUCUCGAAAAAUUCUGCGAGUCGACCGUCUACGAGCAGAAGAUGCCGAUUGACGAGGAGAAUGCGCUAAUCGAUCGGAUGAUGAACAGCGCGUUGAGCGAUUUUCUCCUCAAGACCUCACCGCAGUGUCCGCGAUUCAAGCGCACGUGGAAGCCCUACAAGCCGGGCGACUGGAAUCGAUUCGUUCGCUCGUGGGCUCGAUCGAUGGUCCACUUUUUGGAUUUCGCCACCAAAGUGCCGCUGUUCAAUUCGUUGUGUAUGCACGAUCGGAAAUGCUGGUACAGCACACGAAUGCCGGCGUGCGCCAUCCUCACGAUGGCCUAUCACACGCGAUUGGAGCGUUGCGAGGGAUUGCUGUUCGGCGACGGCGACGUGUUCCCGCUGAAGCCGCAUUUGUGGCAUCGCGUCGACGAUGACAGCUUUCGAACGCUGUUCAUUCCCGUCACGCGAUCGUUGUUCAACGGCGUCGUCGUGCCGAUGAUUCGGAUGAAGUUCACCGAUGUGCACUACGCGCUUCUCAAAAGCGUCAUCUUCUACUCGCAGGGCACCGCGGUGACGACGAUGACGCCGCCGGGCACCGACGCCAUCAAUCGCGAGUUCGAGCGACACAAGAAAGCGCUCACGCAGUUGCUCUUCAAGGAUGCUCACAAUUUCACCGAGCGAGCCAAAAUUCUAUUUCAACUCGAUGAUAUGAUAUCGGCAAUUGAGCGGGCCACCGUGCUCUUCUUCAAAGAGAUGCGCUAUUUCGAUUUGUGCGAAGUCGAUUUGACGAAACGGCCAUUGUGGAACGAAUGCUUCGUCGAGCGCGGCUUCAUCCUUCCACCGUAA